AUGCUUCGUCUGGCUCUGGUACUUUACAGUAAACAGCCCCAGCAGGUGUUGGGCACCACUGUGCCGUCCUUUCACAACUUCCCCUAUCGAGCUCAGGACGUCCUCCACCUCUACCGCGACUUUCUCCGCCUCAUUCACCAAUACCCACCGCAGGAACAGGCGGAUUUGCGAUUUCGACUACAGAAUGAAUUUCACCGCCGUCGGCAUCUCAGCAGUCCAAAGAUGAUCACAGCAGCAAUUAAACGGGGUGAAGGGGUUUUGGCGGUGCAGCGGAGUAUGUUGGAAUCCCGCAUGCUGCGGGCUCGUGCAGUUUCCUCAAAAGAAAAAGGUGCACAAAGUGUGGAUGGUGUUUGGGAUCAAUUGUUAUUGGUUUCUGGUCAUGUCUUGCCGGGUUUACGGAAUUACAAACCCUCACGGUCAGUGACGAAGGGGUCCUAUACACAACAGGCCACCACACAGGCAGUCUACUCAAGAAGGAGAUGA